AUGCAUUUUCUUCCUAACCCACAUAUCCCAGAUAGCAAUAUACAAGUGGAAGAAAGAAAUACAAGGAGGAUGCCACAACAACCGCAGCAGCAACGUCAGGAUCGACCUCAGAAUCGGCAGCGGCAACAACGUCAUCAGCAGCGGCAGCAGCAGCAGCAGCAGCAACAGGAUGAAGGCGAAGGCGAACGGGAUCAACAAGAGAUGUCACAGCCGCCGCCACCGCCGCCACCACAAGGGCAGGCACAAGUGCAGGGGCAGCUGCCACCUUUGGCUUCGACCCCGUCGUUUUCGUCGUCGAGUUUUGAUUUCAAGUUUAGUCAAUGUUUCGGUGAUAAAGCGGAUAUUGUGGUGACUGAAGCAGAUAUCAUUACAGCAACGGAGUUUGACCACACAGGGAACUUUUUAGCCACGGGUGACCGUGGGGGUAGAGUUGUGUUGUUUGAAAGGAAUAACAGUAGGCAUUGCGAGUAUAAGUUUCUCACGGAGUUCCAAAGUCAUGAUGCAGAGUUUGAUUACCUAAAGUCGUUAGAGAUCGAGGAAAAGAUCAAUCAGAUAAAAUGGUGCCGACCAACGAAUCAGUCGCACUUUUUGUUGAGCACUAAUGAUAAAACUAUUAAGCUGUGGAAGGUUUAUGAAAAAAACAUCAAACUAGUAAGUGAAAAUAACUUAUCGGAGGGCGUGUUUCACCAGCGUAAUGGUACUGGUGGAUCGGGUCCUGCUAGAGCAGUUCUGUCAUUACAAUCAUUGAAGUUACCGCGUUUAUCUUUGCACGAUAAGAUUAUUGCAGCUACGCCAAAGAAGAUCUACUCCAAUGCGCAUACUUACCAUAUAAAUUCAAUAUCUGUGAACUCUGACCAGGAGACGUUUAUCAGCGCGGACGACUUGAGAAUCAACCUUUGGAAUCUUGAUAUACCCGAUCAAAGCUUCAACAUUGUUGACAUCAAGCCUGCAAAUAUGGAGGAGUUGACCGAGGUGAUCACCAGUGCUGAGUUUCAUCCAACUCAUUGUAAUUUGUUAAUGUACUCAAGUUCAAAAGGUACUAUCAAACUAGCAGAUAUGAGGCAGAAUGCGUUGUGUGAUUUCCGUUCCAAGACAUUUGAGGGUUAUAUGGACCCGAUUCACCAUAAUUUCUUUACCGAGAUUACGUCGUCGAUAUCAGACGUCAAGUUUAGCCCCGAUGGGAGAUAUAUUGCCGCUAGAGACUACUUGACCGUCAAAAUAUGGGAUGUGAACAUGGAAAGUAAGCCAUUGAAAACCAUCAAUAUUCAUGACCAAUUGAAAGAGAGACUAAGUGAUGCAUACGAAAAUGACUCCAUCUUUGAUAAGUUUGAAGUGUGUUUCAGCGGCGAUAGCUGCAGCAUAAUGACAGGCUCCUAUAACAACAAUUUUAUGCUAUAUCCAAACGUGGUCAAAUCUGGAGCUUGUCAUCCGGUAAACGGCCUCGAUGAGAUCGUAUUACAGGCGGACAAGUCAGCCUUUAAGACUAAAAGACUGGGCUCCAUACAACAACAAAGUACAAGAAACAAAGAGUGGGGCGACGAUAUCGAUUUUAAAAAGAGUAUAUUACAUUUUUCAUGGCAUCCAAGAGAAAAUAGCGUAGCUAUUGCAGCAACGAAUAAUUUAUUCAUCUUCUCUGCAUUAUGA